UAUAUUGCGUCCACAGAAUCCGUCUCGGUUACGGUGCAGAACUUGUCCAAAGUGCGGAAGGAAGACUGGGAUAAAUUCUGCAGCCUCCUUUGGGUUAUUUCCGGAAGCUCUGAGCCACCAAUGGUUGUUGCUGCUAAGGCUGGGUCGAUGAAGGGAACGAUGCUGUUCAUGGCUGCGGGCUUCCAUUGCGGCAUUCUCGACGCCGGCACUUCCGGCAGGACGCCGCUGAUGGAAGCCUGCGCCGCUCUUGAAGAUGCGGAAGAGGAGGAAUCCAGGCGUUUGCUGGGAGUUGCGAAGGCCCUGCUGGCCAUUGCGCAAGUCAAUCCGAAUCACGUUGUGGCGUCGGGAUCGGAUGCGGGAAAAACGGUGCUUCACAUCGUGGCUGAGCUCACGGAACGUCCUGCGACUGUGGCCAUGACUGGACUGCUUCUUGCCUACGGGGCUGAUCCUGCCAUUGGAGGCACUGGACUGAUUAAGUUGCUGUCUCUGCGGAUGAUCGGGGCUGGCGAGGAGGAAAUCCGUGUCAUCAGGACAAGACGUGAUAAAGUUCUUGUUCUUGCCUUUGGCCACGAGCUUUACUUGUGCCUGUUGUGUACG